AUGCUCAGUUCGACUUGUGCACUGACAGAGGUCGCUUUCAGUGACACCACAGUUUCAGUUCAGUUCAGUUUUCGGCUGGUGUGUUGUGUUCUGUUCUAUUCUGUGUUCUUCUCAACCAAGUGAUUUGCUAUCUGGCGUGUCGCGCACAUACACACACUCACAAACAGUCACUAGUGCAUUAAUAACUGUUUCUGCUCGGUUUGAUUUAGCUGCUGGCUGGUCCAUAAUUUGGUGAAGCGUAUGUGCCUUUGUAUAGAGGGGACUCUGAUUUUUGGCGGCGACUCACGGAGUCCACGGCACAUGGCAGCGAAGCAACGCACACCACACAGCAGCACCCAGCUUUGCGUCUAAAUAAUUCCGCUUGUAAGAUUAAGUCGUUCCGUGCAGUUGGCUGGUGUGACCGUAUGGUGAGACGCGGUGCGCUGUGUGCGUGUGGUGGUGGCUAGUGUGCUGGUGAGUUGGUGAGCUGGUUAGUUGGCGUGGUCGAGUUCAUCGCACGUCGGUGUGCGUGUGCAGCAGCAGCGGCGGAUGCAGCCAGAGCUUCGUUCCAGAAGGCGAACAACACGAAUUGCGCAGUGCGUAGCGAGCAGGCAGCGAGCGAGGCGGGGCGUUUGUGGCAAGCAAAUAAGUAUUGCAAACAGUGUAAUCACUUUUAAUCCGUUCAUCAACUUCAACAAGUGUUAAAGUGUGCAAGAUUAGGGAUACUCAAUUACAGUUACAACAGCAAACAUUUUGUAUAUGAGUAUAUGAGUGGAUCUCAGUGACUGUAUAGAAGUGAUAACUGUGUAUGUUGCAAAGCGUGUGGAGACAAUAAUAAUUUCAACAUCCAAAGUGUCAACCAAAAUCUCAAGCAAACAGAAGCAAACAGAAAAAGCGAGUGGGCAUUACUCGGAAGGGGCAGUUGGAAUUUCUCUGGGCGUCUUAAUGAAUCAUGGUCGAAGAGUUUCUGGAGAAAUUGCCUGAAAUCGACACACGUUACGAGGAUAUAGUACCUAUGGAACAAGUUAGCUCUAUGGUUUCAAACGGUGGCGGCAGUGUAACCAUGCAACGCGACGACGAAUACCGGAAUCGUAUAAUGAAAAAUAUGACAGCGAAGCAUUCGCGUGGAUUCCUUCAUUCCGAUGAAGAAAUUAGCGAUAAGGCAUCGACGUGUGGGAAGCUGCUGAUAUUCUUAUCCGUUGGACUUGUCAUACUCACGUUGCCGUUCAGCUUGUUCGUGUGCUUUAAGGUAGUACAGGAAUAUGAACGCGCUGUUAUUUUUCGUUUGGGCCGUCUUAUGCAGGGCGGCGCCAAGGGUCCCGGCAUCUUCUUUAUCUUACCAUGCAUUGACUCGUACGCCCGCGUGGACUUGCGUACCCGCACCUAUGACGUGCCACCACAGGAGGUACUGACAAAGGACAGUGUCACCGUGUCGGUGGAUGCAGUGGUUUACUAUCGCGUUUCCAAUGCGACAGUUUCUAUAGCGAACGUGGAGAACGCUCACCAUUCGACCAGACUUUUGGCGCAGACUACUCUACGAAACACAAUGGGAACUCGGCAUUUGCAUGAGAUACUCAGCGAGCGAAUGACAAUUUCCGGCACAAUGCAGGUCCAACUAGACGAAGCCACCGAUGCUUGGGGCAUUAAAGUCGAGCGUGUUGAAAUCAAGGACGUGCGCUUGCCCGUACAACUACAACGUGCCAUGGCCGCCGAGGCUGAGGCCGCACGUGAAGCACGCGCCAAAGUUAUCGCCGCUGAAGGAGAACAGAAGGCCUCCAAGGCAUUGCGCGAGGCAUCCGAGGUGAUCGGCGGCUCGCCGGCAGCGCUCCAACUGCGUUACUUACAGACACUCAACACAAUAUCAGCGGAAAAGAACUCCACAAUUGUUUUCCCAUUACCCAUCGAUUUGAUAACUUACUUCCUGAAGACUACCGAGGCGACGGCGCAGCAAAAUGCCGUUGUACCGGCGGCGGCGGCAACGACCAGCAGCGAACACUCACCGCAGGCGUCGACAUCGCCGCAGGCGGGCAUCCAGUCAGCAGCUAUGUAAAAACAAACACAACAAUAAAAACAACAACAAAAAUUGUACACAUAACAGCAAGCAAAAUACACAUACAUACAUCGGUAUAUGUGUGUGUCUGAUUUGCACACGCUUUUAGUGAGAAAGCCGAGCUUGCAGGAAUUUUGGGUGAGGCGCCGACAAAUUGUUCAAGUUGACUCGGAAAAAUGCCUGCACUGAGAAAUGUGAAUGUUUGUGUGAAAUAUUCUGUACACAGUUGAAGAAAUUACACAGUGUGCGCUAAAAGUAUGCGUUCUCAUAGCCGAUAGCCGCUAAAAUGUGAGUCACAGCUCAGAAAUGUAAUUUCUUUGCAAUUUAGACUCUCAAAUACCUUCUAGUACUUUCACAUAACAGCAAGGCACUUCGAGAAAAGAAUCGUCAGUUGCUGAAAGAACGCAUACUUUUUGCGCACACUUUAGCCAUGCGAAUAAGUGAAUAACUGUAGUUUUAAGUAGUAUUAGGACAGUUGAUAAAAUGUUGCUGAAAAUGGCGUUAAGUUUGAACGAUUAGCUAAAAAUCAUAAAGUUCGCAAAAUUUUCUAAAUAUUAAUUACAUUAAAUAUUAUUACUACACUUCUUAGCUGAAUUGAAUCACACGGUUGCAAGUAAGGCGAUACGAAACGAAAGUUAAAUAUAAUAGAUUUACUAAAAGAAUUACUUAAUUAUUUUCCCAACUCACACGCACGCGUUUAAUUCAUCGAAAUAUAUUAAAUACAAAAACACAUUUUCAUGUGCGAGUUUCAAGUUUAGUAAAUACAAACACAUACUUAUAAAUAAUAAUAGUUGAGUGAAUAAAAAUUGAGUAAGCAGUGUGGUAAGCGCUCAUUAAUAAUAUGUAUGUAAAUAUAAGUCUCGAUCUCGUUUUUGAAUGCGUAAAAGUGCUUUGAUAAAUAGCUUAAAUAUCAUAAUUAAUGUGACAAGUCACACACACAUGCAUAGAUUUGUAAAUAUAUUUGCAUUUACUUAUAUUUAGGCACCUCUCUCAUUUGCGUUUAGGGCACCCGAACAAAGUAAUAAAUUGCAUAAUUCAUUUAUUGGCUAAUAGAACAGAACCAUUGGUAACAGUCUUUUUAAGAUAAGACUUAUACGAGUACGAGUUACUAAGGAAACAAUUGAAAAAGCAGUGAGGCGAAUAGUAUUCUUCAAAAUUCGAGAACGAGAAGAAAGCAAAAGCAAAAAUUUACGAGUUAGCUGCUUUUUCUGUCAUUGAGUAAUACUUUCUAAAUACAGUCAUCUUAUAGAUUUUGUAAGCUAACUAACACUGUACAACAGCAUAAAUUAUAGUAUAGAUGUCUCGGUUCUUGUGACAAGUAGAAAGGAACUGAUUACUCAAAAAUUGAAAUUAAUUUUAAUAAUAUGUUAUUAUUUUGAGAUUUUUAUAUUUUUAUCCCAUUUUUCUCUACACAAGCAUUUUGUAGCAUUAAAAAUUUAAGAUUCAUGAAGAUUUUUUUUAGUCCGUGUUGAAGUAGCACAGGAAUAUAGUUCAAGGUUUGAAGGAACUGUUAGGUCUUAACUCAAUGCCGAAUAGCAGCGCUUUUGAGCUUCAUGUACAUGACACAUACAAAAGUCAUAAAAAUGUAUGUAUACAAAGAAUGAUCCAUUUCGAAGUUCUCCAUUUUUUUAAAUUCGAAAGAACAUUCUUUGGCGUUUAGUUUUGAAGAUUAUCUCUUUCAAAUGUUGGCCGCGGCUACGUCUCAGUUAGUCCAUUGGAUGACCAUUUCGAUGACUCCUUCGAGUAUUUCGACCGGUAACAAGCGAAUGGCACGCGUUUUGUUCCAAGCCCUUAAUCGAAGCCAGAUUGUCCACAUAGACUUUAGAUUUUACAUAUC